CCCGCCACGGCGGGCACAUCACCCCAUCGCGCAUUGCGCAAAGAGGACGCGGCGAGAAAUGGACGAGUCGAAUCCAGUCAAGUCGAGUCGAGUCGAGUCGAGUGAGUCGUCUCGUCACCUCAUGCAUGCGUGGAGCGUGGAGCGUGGCGGCCCGGGUUGGCCCGUAACGUGAUCAGUCCACCACGCGCUGUAACAGCGUUCAAGCCGGCUGAUCCGGGGCCACCGGGCGGGGCGGGGGCGCCUGACGAGGUGCCAAGUGCCAAGUGCCUUCCCUUCCUUGCCCGCGCAGCGCACCUCAGGGCGGGCUCCUCGGCCACAGGGGGUGGGUCCGCCCGAGCCGGAUGCGCCCCCACCCGUCCGUCAAGCGGCUUUCUUUGCCCACUCAGCACUGCAUCCCAUCAAUUACAUCACUGGCGCGGAACGUUAAUCGGGGGGGGGGGGGCUCUCCCUCACCGACCGACGGACCGAUCGAUAGAUGCGAGAGGAGUAGGCCGACGAGGAGAGGAGGAUGGAUGCCAGAGCUACUGGAGCUGCUGGAGCCGGAGCUGGUGCUGGCGGUGGUGCCGGUGGUGUGGGUUGCCUGCCGGCCCUGUAUACCUACCUACUGCUUUGCACGUAUUUUACCGUUAGCUAUCCCUCGCAACUUUUGGCGGACGUAUACACACCUCCAUCGAUCGUCCCUCAUCAUCAUCAUCCUCCUCCUCCUCCUCAUCGUCCGAACUGCAACGGCCCGGGCGCGCACUUGCUGUCGUGAGCUUCAGCUUCUUCCCAGCUGCCAACCGGACAAAGUACUUGUUCGUUAUAGCAUCGAGCAGCUCGUCGUCAAACCCUCAAUCAACCUCCUCCAAACACCAUAAACAAAAGACGCCUCCUUCUCACCAUGACGGAUCUGCGCGUGCAGGGCCUCCGGCAGCCCGUCGCCGUCGCCGAGUACGUCUUUCGCCGCCUGCACCAGGUCGGCGUCCGCUCCGUCCACGGCGUGCCCGGCGACUACAACCUCGUCGCCCUCGACUACCUGCCGGGCUGCGACCUGCGGUGGGUGGGCAGCGUCAACGAGCUCAAUGCCGGUACGUCAGCGUCGUCGUCAUCGUGAAUCUCUCCUCCCCUUCUUUUCCUGCUUCUCGUGCGAUUCGCGUGGUGUGUGGUUCUCCUCCUUACGUCUCCAUCUCUACCAAGCCUACGCCGCCGACGGCUAUGCCCGCGUCAACAACCGCAUGGCCGCCCUCGUCACCACCUUUGGCGUCGGUGAGCUUUCGGCCAUCAACGGCUUGGCUGGCGCCUUCUCCGAGCACAUCCCCGUCGUUCACAUCGUCGGCUGCCCCUCCACCAUCUCCCAGCGCAACGGCAUGCUCCUGCACCACACCCUCGGUAACGGUGACUUCAACGUCUUCGCCAACAUGAGCGCCAACAUAUCGUGCAACGUCGCCCGCCUCACCAACCCCUCCGAUAUCGCCGCCCAAAUCGACCAGGCCCUGCGCGAGUGUUGGGUUCACUCCCGCCCUGUCUACGUCAUGCUGCCCACCGACAUGAUCGAGGCCAAGGUCGAGGGCGAGAGGCUUCAGACCCCCCUCGACCUGACUGAGCCUGCCAACGAGCCCGAGCGUGAAGACUAUGUCGUCGACGUCGUCCUCAAGUAUCUCCACGCUGCCGAGCGCCCCGUCAUCCUCGUCGACGCCUGCGCCAUCCGCCACCGCGUCCUCGAGGAGGUGCACGACCUCAUCGAGAAGACGAACCUUCCCGUCUUCGUCACCCCCAUGGGCAAGGGUGCCGUCAAUGAGCAGCACCCCAACUACGGUGGCGUCUACGCCGGAGAGGGCUCCAAGCCUGAGGUCAAGAAAACGCUCGAGGCAUCGGACCUCAUUCUUAGUAUUGGCGCGCUCAAGAGCGACUUCAAUACGGCCGGCUUCUCCUAUCGGACGUCGCAGAUGCAGACAAUCGACUUCCACAGCGACCACUGCAUCGUCCGGUACUCGACGUACCCGGGAGUUCGCAUGAAGGGCGUCCUACGCAAAGUCAUCGACCGCCUCGACGUGAAGCAGCUCUCCGUGCAGCCGUCGCCCAAGGUGGACAAUGAGGUUCGCAAGAAUGUCGACAAGACCGAUGUCAUCUCGCAGGCGUGGCUCUGGCCUCGGGUCGGCGAGUUCCUCGCUGAGAACGACAUUGUGGUCACGGAGACUGGCACCGCCAACUUCGGCAUCUGGGAUACCAAGUUCCCCAAGGGCGUUACAGCGCUCAGCCAGGUCCUUUGGGGCAGCAUCGGCUGGUCCGUCGGAGCCUGCCAGGGCGCCGCCCUUGCCGCGCAGGACAUGGGUGCCAAGCGCCGGACCGUCCUCUUCGUGGGUGACGGCUCCUUCCAACUCACGGCCCAGGAGCUGAGCACCAUGGUCCGUCACGGGCUAAAACCCUUCCUUUUCAUCCUCUGCAACGAGGGAUACACCAUCGAGCGUUUCAUCCACGGCAUGGAGGCCGGGUACAAUGAUAUUCAGCCCUGGGACCACCAGGCCCUCGUUGACGUCUUUGGCGGGGCCAAGACGUCCAAGAAGUAUGCCGUCCGGACAAAGGACGAGCUGAACAAGCUGCUCACCGACGCCGAGUUCAACGCAGGCAAGUGCCUGCAGCUCAUCGAGGUGCACAUGCCCAAGGAAGAUGCCCCGCGGGCGCUGAUCAUGACGGCUGAGGCGAGCGCAAGAAAUAACGCGAAGACGGCGUAAGGUAUUAGUGGCUUGUUCAUUGGGAUCCUCGGAAUGAUAGAACGGGCGGGUUGGAUGGCGCAAAUGCAUGGUGUUUAUUGUUCUUCGAGCAGAGUAAUGAGGGGCAGAAUAGAAACACGACAGGGAGGCAAGCGGGGUCUCGAAAAGUAAACCGGGAGACUAACAGCAUGAGCUUAUUCUAAAGGAGGCAGGCAUAGAAGUGAAUGACAUUGACAUUUGAUCGCGUGAGGCAUAUACGUAGUCCAAACCGCCUAGACAUAAAGUAACGUCCUGCCCUACAAUAUCGCAGCUACCCUAAAUAAAAAGUCGC